UCCUAUCAUCCCAUCUUCCCAAUCUUUCUUCUCCAACCACCCUUCCCCAAUCUUCCCAAUAAAACCCUAAUCAAAUUCCCAAUUCCCUUCCCCCCAGAAUUCCCAUGUCGGCUGGUGCUGCGGAUCGCGGCGGCGGGAUCUACUGGGGCCGAAAGGAGGUCUCCUAUUCCAAAGGCAUCGCCGUCAUCUUCGCCUGGGUUUCGAUUCCCGAGCGCCACUUGAAGAGCUACGUCAAUUUGUAUUCCUCUCUCGGUUGGAACUCCCUCGUUUGCCAUGCUCAUUUUCUCCAGGCAUUCUACCCGGAAAGAGCCAUGUCGUCGGCGUUUGAUAUCCUCAAUGAGCUUGUGGAGGAGCUAAGGAUUAAGCCGUGUCCUGUAGUUUUUGUGGGUCUUUCUGCUGGUACUAAAGCUUGUAUGUACAAAGUUUUUCAGAUUAUUGAAGGAAUCUGUGAAGGCCAGCUUUAUCCGGGUGAAUACCGAUUGGUGAGGAAAUGUAUUACCGGACACAUCUAUGAUUCUGGCCCGGUUGAUUUUACAACUGACCUUGGCACACACUAUGCUCUACACCCGACCAUUCUAAAGAUGCCUGGUUCAUCAAAGUUGGUUUCAUGGGUUGCUAAAGGCAUUGCUUCUGGUUUGGAUGCUCUUUAUCUUACUCGAUUUGAAUCCCAAUGUGCCGAGUAUUGGCAGGCUCUGUAUUCUUCAGUUAAUCUGGGUGCUCCAUUUCUCAUUUUGUGCUCCAAUAAAGACGAUCUCGCUCCCUAUCAUGUUGUCUGCACUUUCAGUCAACGUUUACAAGAGUUUGGAGGUGAUGUCAAGCUUGUGAAAUUGAGUGGUUCCCCUCACCUAGGUCAUUAUAAGAAUUAUCCAAUACAAUAUAGAUCUUCUGUUACUCAUUUUCUUGAGAAGGCAGCAUCGAUUUUUUCGCAAAGAAUUCAAAAGCUUGAAUGGGAAAUGACUGGCAUGGAAGGCAUGCGUGAUGAGAUAUCUGAACUAAUCUGUGAUCUCCAGACAGCAGCCGUUAACUCUAAUGAGAGCCUCAGAAGAGUUGCAGUUGAGCCAAGCGAUCACUUUUUCUUGCCAAGUUCAGCAGAGAAUAAAAAUGGUACAGAAUCUGGGUCAUUGCAAGACGAACAGAAAGAAAGAUCACUCUGUCUGUCUAAUCCUCCAAGCCUUAGUGCACAUAGUGUACUUGGCAGUGUGCUGUUUGAUGUUUGUGUCCCUAAGAACGUUGAUGGUUGGGAUAUCAAGUUCUGUGGGUCUCUGAAUGGGCAGCCAUUUGCAUCUGCUCGUAGGAAUUCACCACCUCGUGGUAUCAAAGGCCUUCGUCGCUCGAGAUUAUGAGAUCUCUGAGGCUAGCCCUUAAGGAAAUUCUGCUAAAGGUGGCAUGGUGCUCAAGAUUAAUAGGAUAGGUUGAUACACAGAGGAUUAGUGGUAGCAACUUGAGCAUUGGAGGUGAGGUCUGCCCUUUCUGACAUAAUAUGCAGUAUUCGGAUUAGAUGCAAGCUCAACUAGGUAUUCCUCCAGCAUAGUUCAAACUAGGCACAUGUUUAUAAAGACAAUGGAUCAGGUGCGGGUGUCACGCUCACUUCAGAACCAGCCGGUGUAUGUAAUACGAUCGUUAUAUGUUAAAGACAGAUUUUGUCUAUCUUGAGCCACCAAAUGAUCAAAAUGUAUAGUUGAUCUUGAUGGUGGAUGAGGUUACUUGUAUAUCACUUGGGACUUGGAUGAGAAGUUUGCUCCUUAAGAUAAUAGGCUGUAAAAAAUGGUGUUUUCCUUAACGCUUGACAAUGCCAUAGUGAAUUAGUGAUAGUAAUGUCGACUUUGGUAGAGUUGAUGAUCUCUGUUUCAUCUCCUAACGAGUAUUAAUUUUCGACU